AUGUUAAAGUGUUUCUCCAGAGAUAGCAACGAUGAACCGGUAUCUCUCGAGCCAUUUUGGGAUGGAAUUUUCACUAACGAGUUUUGUCUGUCCAUAAUUACGCCCCUUUCUUUCUUUCUUUCUUUCUUUCUUUCUUUCUUCCUUUCUUUCUUUCUUUCUUUCUUAUUCCGUUGGGUGCUACCAACAAACACGUCUUUUGCCGCCCACAUUCAUGAAACGCCAAGGAACAUUAGACGGUUUUCUUUCACUCUCUCUCUUAUGAAUAGUGACAUCCGACUGUUAUACAUAUUUUUCUUUCUUACUUUAUCUAUCUAUCUAUCUAUCUAUCUAUCUAUCUAUCUAUCUAUCUAUCUCAGUCUGUUCAUAUCUAUCUCUCUCUCUCUCUCUCUCUCUCUAUCUAUCUAUCUAUCUAUCUCAGUCUGUUCAUAUCUCUCUCUCUCUAUCUAUCUAUCUAUCUCAGUCUGUUCAUAUCUAUCUAUCUAUCUAUCUAUCUAUCUAUCUAUCUCAGUCUGUUCAUAUCUAUCUAUCUAUCUAUCUAUCUAUCUAUCUAUCUAUCUAUCUAUCUAUCUAUCUAUCUCAGUCUGUUCAUAUCUAUCUAUCUAUCUAUCUAUCUAUCUAUCUAUCUAUCUAUCUAUCUAUUCAAAAAACAGCUUAUGUACUUCUUCACAAAUCUUUAUUACAAGCAUGUCGAUAUUGCAUUUACCCGAAGCCAUUUAA